UGUCUCCCCCCCCAUGCUCUGGAGUCGAGGGGGUUGACCAAUUGCCAGCAGCUGUUGCUCAUUUCUCAAUAGUCCCUCCUAUACAGUACUGAGGCAGGGCAGUCACUCCACUCUGGAAGAGCAGCAGCAGCAGGCUUCUCCUGAACUUCACAGGAAUAGCAGUCCAUCACGAAGGGACGAGCGAGGCCACCGAGGAUCCUCUUCUGCUGUGUUGAGAGAAGCCCAGAGUGGAGCCCGGAUCCUGUUGUGGGACUGAUCCCCCACAGUCACUGACGCCCCGCCUGGCUCCUCCGGUCGACCAGAGCAAACAGCAUCUUCGCCGGUCUCCUUUGUCUCCGUCCUCUGCCUCCGUCCUCUGCCUCCACAUGUUCCUUCAGGUGGAGCGGAGGGCAGGGCACGCAGCCUGCCGGCCGGGGUCAUAGUCUCGCUGACGGGGAUGGCGUUCAACAGCAAGCUGGUCCUUGCCGGGUUUACCGCCGGCUCCCUGCUUGUCUACAUCCUGUGUGUGAAGCUGGAGGGGCCCCUGUCCUGGUCCAUAGAGCCUCUGAGACAUUUCCAUGGCUUCAGCCAGGAGCCGAACAGCAGCUCACGAGACUCUGAGGAGCCUCUGGACAGAAAGAACAGCAGUGAGCGGUGGAGCCGUCCAUCACCUGCCUCCACCCUUCACCCACAGCUCCCCUCUGCAACCGCUCUGCAGGGAAACACGAGUGCACACACUCCGGCUCCAACCUCAGAGACUCAAACAGCCGCUGAGCCGCAGGCACCCGCUAGGUCCACGUCCAGGUCUGCAGCUGUGGGGGGAACCCGGGGCAGCACCAGAGGCCCCACACUGAAGCCUCAACGGUCCACUGAGCCUCCCUUCAUCGGAGACGCCUACAUGAGUGAAGACGUCCCUGCACAGACGAACUGCACUGACGGUGUUAGGAGCCGAGUCGCUCAGACAGAAUUUGGGGGACGGUUUCUGAGGCAUAUUCCGGUCCUGCAGUGGGCCAAUCACGUGAGCCGAGACCAGUACCUGCGUCUGACUCAGUACCCGGGAGCUCAUGGCUGGGAGGGGGUCGACUACAACACGCUGGUGGAAGCUCUCUCCGUCCUCAACUCCUCCGCUAACAGGCAGAUGCUGGACGACUGGAGCAGCCGCAGCAACGGAUCGGAGUGCACCCGCUGCGCUGUGGUGGGGAACGGGGGGAUCCUGAAGGAGUCAGGGAAAGGACAGGAGAUCGACAGUCAUCACUACGUCUUCAGGACCAACGGGGCAGUCAUUAAGGGCUUUGAGCAGGAUGUGGGGUCCCGGACCACCCACUACACCUUCUCCACCAACACGUUGAUGAACUCGAUGGGGAGCUACGCAGGACUCGGCUUCACGGGACCGCCGCUGUCUCAGGAAACCCGAUACGUCUUCCUGCCCGAACACGACCGCGACUACCUGCUGGUGAAGGCUGCAGCCACGCACACCGCGGUGGAGAGAGGGCGUGAGCGAGCCAAAGAUCCCACCAAGUACUUCGGAGAGGACGUGACAGCAGAGAAGCUGAAGAUGUAUCAUCCCGACUUCACCCGUUACCUCAGGAACAGAUUCCUUCGAUCCGGUACUCUGAAAACCAAAUAUAAGAGCAUUUAUCGCCCAACGACCGGCGCUGUGAUGCUGUUGGCUGCGCUGCACUCCUGCGACCAGGUGAGCGCCUACGGCUUCAUGACCCCGGACUAUAAGAACUACUCUGACCACUACUACGACAGAAACUACCACCCGGUGGGCUUCUACGUCAACCACGACAUGCGCAUGGAAAUGACUCUGUGGCAGCAGCUGCACCAGGCCGGCCUCAUGCGACUCUACAUGCACAAGUGAAUUCAGGUCGACAGGAAAUGACGUCGCCGGGUCUCUGGUCAAGCUACGAGCACGAGGAGGCAGGAAGUCGGUUCAUGAUUCUCUGAACUGAGCGAAGUAGCAGAAGUUUUCUUUUCAUGAAGGAAACGUCAGUUUUUUAAAUGUCAGCUGCUGUGAUUGUUUGAUUUAGUUUAAUUUAUCAAAGACGUGUCUGAAACGUUUUAAUGACAUUAUCCCAGAGAGCGUGGGUUUGGUGAUUUGUAGGAAGAGUCAAACUGGAUAAACAAACAUAUAUUCAAGAUCCCCAGAGGAUAAACCCACUGAUUUCUCAUGGAGCGCCAUCUUCAGGUCACUUUUUUUAUUUUGCUAUAUAUUUAUAUUGCGAUAUCCCCACAGAUGCCAGAUCAUAGACUUCAAAGAAAGAUGGACGACAUGUCUCUACUUCCUAAAUUUCCCUCAGGAUCAAUAAAGUAUCCAUCCUAUUGGAACCCUGCCAUCUUGCAUCAAGACGUCUUUAUAUCAUCAGGUAACUAGUUAAAUCCAAACGUACCAGAAGCACUUAACAAACCUCAGGGUGGUAAGAACCACCUGGAACGACAGAAACAUUUAUUGGGUUUGAUGUCUGUUGUUAAAACCAGUUUCCAUAAUUGUCCUUUCACUUCAGUUUUUAUCCCUGAGGCUGUAAUUAAAACAGGAAACAAGUGUCAACGUGCUCUCAGCUACAUCAGCUUGGCUUGUGUCAUAUUUAAUAAUUGUUUAUAACCUAUUUAUUUCUAUUCAGACUCUAACCAGUGCCAAGAGUCUAAAACAAACAAUGUUUGGGCUUUAAUCUGUUUUUACAAAUCAGGCUUCUUCCUUCACAAAUCACCAAACUCGUGUUCAGGAGUUAACUGACGAUCAGUCUUUCAGUUUCUUGUUGCCGUGGUGCAGCGUGUUGACGAGCGACGAGUCUGCAACUCAGUCGGCCACUUGCUCAAAAUAUCUCCUGGCCCUAAAUAGCCGGUUGGAGCGCUGCUGGCAGUGACCGGCCGAGGUCGGACAUGUGCCCACUUCUCUCUGCGUGUGUUUACUGUACGAUGGUGGAUGGGAACACUAAUCAAACCUCUGUGAUCGGGAAGCUUUCUGGGACCUGCGGGUUUGUUUAAGGGACUUAACUUAUUUUUCUCUGGUUUUUCCUCUUUUGAGCACGUUUUUGUACGAGGUGCCUCGAUGGGAUGACCCACGCUUCUGUGCCUUCUUAAUGUGAACCAGUAACUGAGGUGGUGAUUCAGGACGUUUCCACGACGACGUCCGUGGCCUUUUCUGUGUGUUUGGAUUUCGAGGCCGUCGCCAAGGACUCGCCUGGAGGAACGUGCUCGUUCACGCUGCCUCACCUGGACUCCGCUCUGAGCCGUGACGAUGAAGGUCCCAGUUCAGUGAGAUUUAUGAACUCUAUCAUUAAAUAGAUGUUUUCACGAUGUUCCGAGCAUUGACGACAAACUGUAGAACUGAGGGAAGAAACCAAAGACUCACUGUUAAUCAGGGGAUCUGAUUUGAAAUGUACUUUAUAUGAACCGUGUUUUUACGACGUGUCGCGGGAUGAAGGGAAAAGCUCUGUUGUGCAAUUUCUGUUUUUUAUUUUUACCUUUUUUAAAAAUCUGUAUAAAAGUAAACUGUGAUUUUAUCUCAA